AUGACGACCGCAGUGCAACCAUCCGAAGCGCAUCCGUUCAAAAUCGGCGUGCCUUUGUCAGCGUCAACGCCGGUCGCGUUUGAGCCUUUUGAUCUGCCAUCGAGCAAUCAGCGAGUUCUUGGGCCGCCUCAUCCCAAGAACACAGUCACCCCAUUAGCAUUGAAGCCCGCAAUUCGCGAUAGUGCGGAGACUGACCUGGAUAGCGUCGUCAACACCAUCAAGUCUCUCCAAGCGCAAGGCGGGAUUCUGACCAAGGCACUCGCCCGCCACGGGACAUUGCUUUUCCGCGGCCUUCCCAUCCACAAUGCUCAAGAUUUUAGCAAGUUCGCCCAUGCUUUUGGAUACCAGCCGCACGAGAUCAUUGGCAUCGUCGUCAACAGGCCAGUUCUGGCCCCAAACGUGGCACCGGCGAACGAGGCGCCAAAGGAAGUUCUGAUUUACAACCACAAUGAGUCCCCACAAGUACCACAUGCUCCUGAGUACAUCUUCUUUUAUGGUCAUCGAGUGCCUGAAAAAGGGGGCGAAACUCCCAUCUCGUCAUCUCUUGAGCUGUUUUACAGAGCGCAGCAGGAAAUUCCGGAGUUCGUUUCCGAACUUGCUGAGAAAGGAAUCCUCAGCAAAGUGACUUACAAACUUGAAAAGCAGUAUGAGGGUGGUUCAACGCUGAAGCAGGCGUUUGGGAAGAAAAUCCUGGAUGGUGACGACGAGGCCACAAGGCGGGCAAAGAUCGAGGCUCAAAUUGCCCGGUAUGGUCGCGGCAAACAUACAACAUGGGAGUGGACUGAGGACGGCAGCAUCGUGUUGACGCACCAACUGCCAGCUAUCCGAACCCAGCCAGAGACCAACAUCCCCACGCUCUUCACCGGUCUGGCGGCAUAUUACAAGAACAACCAGCACAACGCCAACAGUGGAAGGAAGAAUUCGGCACAACAGCUUUUCGGCGACGAGACGCCUAUUCCCGAGAAAUACCUAGCACACUUGGCUAACAUAACCGAUGAGAUCCGCGUGCUGCACAAGUGGGAACGUGGUGAUGUUCUCGUAUAUGACAACAUCAUUGCUCAACAUGGCCGACAACCGUGGGAGGGCCAGCAAGAGGAUCGUGUGGUUAUGGCCAGUCUUUUCGACGGACAUAGUGUGCCUGGGGCGUACGGUGACGAAGACUGGGCUCAAGUGGUUCAAGCUCUUGACGGGUGA